CUAUAUGAGCUGAGAGACGCUGUGAGUCGCUCCUUUUUCUCUCCCCACCCUUCUCCGGCACUGAGCCUCCCAUUCGACGCUCCGAGGCCUCACCGCACAGUUAACCGCCACCAUGAUCAUCUACAGGGAUAUCGUCUCCGGAGAUGAAAUGUUUUCGGACAUCUACAAAAUCAAAGAGAGCUGUGGCGGACUGUGCUUUGAAGUGGAAGGCAAGAUGGUCACCAGAGUAGAAGGUGGAAUAGAUGAUGCACUUAUUGGUGGCAAUGCAUCUGCCGAGUGCCCGGACGAAGGGACUGAUUCGACAUCCGUCAGUGGGGUAGAUAUAGUAUUAAACCACAAGCUUCAGGAAACUGGCUUCACCAAGGAGUCUUACAAGCAGUAUAUUAAGGACUACAUGAAAGCCAUUAAAGCCAAACUUGAUGAAAGCCAUCCCGACCGUGUAAAACCCUUCAUGACAGGAGCUGCAGAGAAAAUCAAAGCUAUCCUUGGCAACUUCAAAAAUUACCAGUUUUUCACAGGAGAGAGCAUGAAUCCAGAGGGCAUGGUGUGUCUGUUGGAUUUCCGUGAGGAUGGCAUAACUCCCUACUUGACCUUCUUCAAGGAUGGCUUGGAGAUUGAAAAAUGUUAACCAUCACAUUUUGGAUCACCUACCACAACUGCUGCUUCUCAUCCAUUCAAGCACCUGGAUAAGUCUUAACAGGCUCACACGGGACUGAUGCCAUUGAGCUUCGUAAUUUACGUUGGCCCUAAAUUAUUCCAGUGGAGGCACAUUUUAAACAAUCUUUUGUUAUGGUUUAAAUAAAGUCCAUUGAUCUCCGCUGUAGGCAAUUUCUUGGUUUGGUGUUUCCUACAAUUCUGUGUAGACUGGGCCUUGCUCUUGUGUGUGCGUUUUUUAAAAAGGACACAACGCCUGUUUGCGCAAUGGUUCCAUGCUUCAUCAAACUUCCAGUGAUCGCAAAGAAAAGGACUUUAUUGUGGACAACCUGCCAAUAUUAAAUUCACCUUUGGGCUCUUGCAGCUACCCCUCCACUGCCAGAGGGCCUUUCUUUGGAAGAACCUCUGACUCUGAAGGUGUAUCUUAUGCUGUAGUUGCCCUGUAUCCCUCCACCAGUCACUGCUGGAUGGGGAGUAUUACAAAUGACUGCUGCUUGUGUUUUUUACAGGCCAUUAACCAUCUAAAGAAUUUUCUUGGAAGUGCUCGCCCCCAAAUAAAGAUGGUGAAACAA